GUUGGGUUUGUCCCUAUUAAGAAACGUGAAGUUUUAAGCUUCUGGUUCCUCAAUAAUCUAGAAAUCUUUUUUUGCCAUGCUCACUAUGUAAAUCAUUUUUUAAAACUAUGUCACCAGACUCUGUGGGUAGUUUAUUGUAAUAAUCAUAUGUUAUCUGAGCCAUAUUCAUUAUGGACAGAAUAUCUUAAAAAUGUAACUAUAUUAAUGUUCUCUUUUUCUCCCUCUACUAGUUGUUCCCGAAAACUGGUUCAGAUUUUAACUCUUGCCCAGUUGUGGAGGUAGUGGAGCAUGCUUAGACUACUUAACAUCCAAAUUGCUGUCUGGUUAAUCAUCUUCAGAAGACUGGAUUUUGGGAUAUGUACUCCACUCCAUCACUACUGACUUUUAAAAUUAAUAAUGCAAACUUGUAACACUGGCAAGUGUCCAUGAACUUUUAAUUACAUUGGUAAAUAGCGCUUGAAGCUUCCUCAGGGAAUAAACAAUGGCAUCAGCAGUGGUUGACAGUGGAGGUUCUGUUUUGGAGCUUCCCAGCAAUGGAGUAGAAAAUCACGAGGAAAGUGAAAAGGUUUCUGAAUAUCCAGCAGUGAUUGUGGAGCCAGUUCCAAGUGCCAGAUUAGAGCAGGGCUAUGCAGCCCAGGUUCUGGUGUAUGAUGAUGAAACUUAUAUGAUGCAAGAUGUGGCAGAAGAACAAGAAGUUGAGACCGAGAAUGUGGAAACAGUGGAAGCAUCAGUGCACAGCAGCAAUGCACACUGCAUGGACAAGACGAUUGAAGCUGCGGAAGCCCUGCUUCAUAUGGAGUCUCCGACCUGCCUGAGGGAUUCAAGAAGUCCUGAAUUUAUCCAUGCUGCUAUGAGGCCAGAUGUCAUUACAGAAACAGUAGUGGAGGUGUCAACGGAAGAGUCCGAACCAAUGGAUACCUCUCCUAUUCCCACGUCACCGGACAGCCAUGAGCCGAUGAAGAAGAAAAAAGUUGGCCGUAAACCAAAGGCCCAGCCAUCACCAAUUUCCAAUGGGUCUCCUGAAUUGGGUAUAAAGAAGAAACCCAGAGAAGGAAAAGGAAACACAAUCUAUUUGUGGGAGUUUCUUUUAGAUCUCCUUCAAGAUAAAAAUACUUGUCCUCGGUAUAUUAAGUGGACUCAGAGAGAAAAAGGCAUCUUCAAGCUUGUGGAUUCAAAGGCUGUCUCCAAGCUUUGGGGAAAGCAUAAGAACAAGCCAGACAUGAACUAUGAAACUAUGGGGAGAGCUUUGAGAUACUACUACCAAAGGGGAAUUCUCGCAAAAGUUGAAGGACAGAGGCUUGUCUAUCAGUUCAAAGAAAUGCCCAAAAACAUCGUGGUUAUAGAUGAUGACAAAAGUGAAGCCUGUAAUGAAGAUUUAACAGCAGCCACUGAUGAGAAAUCAUUAGAACGAGUGUCGCUGUCUGCAGAAAGUCUCCUGAAAGCAGCAACCUCCGUACGUGGUGGGAAAAACCCAUCUCCCCUAAACUGCUCCAGAGCAGAGAAGGGGGCAGCUAGGGUUGUGAACAUCGCUUCCCCCGGUCCAGAUGCUUCGUCCAGGUCUCCUCCUACUACUGCUUCUGUGCCAGCAUCAGGAGCUCCAAGGACAGUUCGCGUGGCAAUGCAAGUACCCGUCGUAAUGACAUCUCUGGGCCAGAAAAUGUCAACUGUGGCUGUCCAGUCAGUCAAUGCAGGUGCACCGCUGAUAACCAGCACCAGCCCACCAACAGCCACCUCUCCAAAGGUCGUCAUUCAGACAAUCCCUACUGUGAUGCCAACCUCUGCUGAAAACGGAGACAAAAUCACCAUGCAGCCUGCCAAAAUCAUCACCAUCCCAGCUGCACAACUUGCACAGUGUCAACUGCAGACAAAGUCCAAUCUGACUGGGUCAGGGAGCAUUAACAUUGUCGGAACCCCUUUGGCUGUGAGAGCACUUACCCCUGUGUCACUAGCCCAUGGUACACCAGUCAUGAGACUCUCCGUGCCUGCUCAGCAGGCAUCUGGCCACACUCCUCCCCGAGUUAUCAGUGCUGUCAUAAAAGGGCCAGAGGUGAAAUCAGAAGCUGUGGCAAAAAAGCAGGAGCAUGAUGUGAAAACUUUGCAGCUGGUACACGACGAAAAGCCAGCAGAUGGAAACAAGACAGUGACCCACGUGGUGGUUGUCAGUGCGCCUUCAGCCAUUGCCCUUCCUGUAACUAUGAAAACAGAAGGACUUGUGACAUGUGAGAAGUAGAGUAGCAGCUCUGCGCGGACUGUUAGUGGUUGGUUAAACAGUGCUGAGUGAAUACUUGCAAGGAAGACAUCAAGAAAAGUCAAAAGAAGACUUUAAAACGUUUCUAAUGCAUAUAACGAAAACAAUCACACUUACUGGAAGUCACCCAUCCCAUGUUUCCGUGGGAAAUGGACUAUAUACCGAGAUGCUGACAGAAAACUGCCGCUUACUGUAGGAAACAACUGAACCUGCCAAUAAGGAAGGAUCUCAAGGGACCAAGCAGCUCACUACACUAUCAAGUUACACUAAGACUUGGAACACUAAAAAUCCAUAAGAGGCGACACAGUUUUCAUUGGGGAUGGGUUGGGAUGGGUGAUCUCAUUGUUACAUAUAGCAAUUUUUGAUGCAUUUUAUAUAUGCAUACCAGCAAUCAUUACUGUGUUCGCACAGUACUCACUUAACUGGUGCUAUGUGAAGACUCUGCUAAUAUAGGUAUUUUAGAAUGUGAAUUGAAUGGAUCCAAAGCUUCAGAAAGGAUAGCAAAAAAGAUCUAGUGUGAUUUUUUUAUAUCAUAUAGCUUCAGCUGAUUUAAAACAAAGGCCUUAGACUAAUUUUUGGUUUUCUUUCUUGAAAUAAGCUAAUGGCUUGUUUGUGUAAAGCUUUUUUUAUUAAAAGAAAAAUUUUAAAAAUCUUGUACCUAGCACAGUAUUGUUAUAGAAUUUACAUGUAACAUUUUUAUAUGGUAGUUUAAGUCUGUCGUUUUCUUAAUUGUGGAUAAAUCUAACAGUUGGCUCUGGCCUUUUGCUGUUAACAGCCUGUCACUCACUCAGCCCUGCCAUCUGUGCAGACAGCAGGUUCAGUCCCUCUGUCACGUGGAAGUUCAGGCUCAGCAUGUAUUUUUGUCAGGUAACACUCAAACCUGGAGUUUUCUUUUUUCCUUUUUUUUUUUUAGUUGAAGUUUAAGAGGGAAAAGUACCAGUGUUCAGAUUUGAACUAUAAUAGUUUGUAUAUUCAACAUUUGAAGUAUAUUCUAUUUUGUUGUACUCUUGUUUCAAAGUGUAUUCAAGUAGGUUUUCUGAAAUAUAGAAAUGAAAAUUUA